CUCCACAAAGUGCGGGACGUCCUGCCAUGCUGGGACUCUAACGCUUUUUUUGGAUUGCUGGUGUUUGUUCCUCGCGCUCCUGAGUCAUGGCUCCGUUUGGAAAAAACUUCCUGAAGGCUCGACAGAAAAACAGGACAAAAGCUGCUGAGCCUGUGGAAGGAAAGGAGAUUCAGGUUACAGUCUGCAACGAGGAGAAGGUCAUCUGCGGAGUAACGAAGCACACAACAUGUGCUGAUAUGAUUCAGGCCUUACUGGAGGACCACAAGUCAAUCCCAGAGAGUAAGCGGCUCCUGCACGGGGAACCCAAAGACUUCUGCCUCGUUGAGCGGUGGAAGGGUUUUGAGAGAGCUCUGCCUCCUCUCACCAGAAUCCUGAGACUCUGGUACGCCUGGGGAGACCAGAGACCCUUCAUCCAGUUCAUUCUUGUCAAAACCAGCGAUUUUGUGCCUCAGCCCAUCAAGAAGAGCGGGAAGUCCAAGGGGGCCAAGCCGAAGCGAUGGGAGCACAGUCGGGCUCAGUCCACCCAGUCUCUGCCGGCGGAGAGGCAGAAGCGCAUGGUGAAGAAAGCUUUCCGGAAGCUGGAGAAGCUCCAUAAGGAGAGUCAGAGCUCAGCAGGUGCUGAGGAGAUCGACAGGAUGGUGCAGCUCAUUCUUCACCAGGACCACACCAUCCGGGAGCAGAUCCAGCGCAUGAGGGACCUGGAUCUGGAUAUCGAGCAGUUUGAGGUGCAAAUCCAGAAGGAAGCCGAGUCUGAGAGUUCACUGGCUCAGAGUCUGGAGGAGAACAGCGACGAGCAGCUGCAGAAGUACCUGUACACCAGUGAUGGAGUCGAACAGCUUGAGCUGCAGGUUCAGAGGCACCAGGAGCUCAUCCUCCAGCUGUCCCAGGACAUUGAUGCUGAGCUCAGGAGGGCCAGCUUCCCUCUGAGCCAAUAUGAGGACAGCGAACAGGAAGGAGCUGCGGCUGCUUCCUGUAUCCCCUCGGAGGCAGAUGAAUCGUUCUACACAGCUGAGCUGGAGAGGCUGCAGGAGGAGGUGAAGCACAGCCUCUUCACCGGCGUGUCCCUCCACAACCAAGCUGCAGAAAUAGACAAGCAGCUGAAGUACUACAACGCCACGCUGGUCUCAAAGGAUCAGGAGUGUUGGCAGCUGGCUGCUCAGCUGAGCUCGCUGCAGAUUGUGGACGGAGCAGAGGAGAAGACGUCCAGUCCUGUCCCUCUGAAAAGUGAGACUCAGUGCAGCGUCUCACAGACAGUGAAACUCAAACACAGCCUGUCCCCUGCAGACGUUACAGACACAGACUCAGACACUGGGAUUAGCUCCACACACAGUCAGGACUCACUGUCACCCUGUCUCGACUUCCCUCCCCCGCUGGACACAGACGUUUGAACAACCCAGUUGACCCUGCACUUCAUUGUUCUGUAUGAACGAACCCCAGUUUGUCUUCUCAUGUGUUUUCAUCACGUCUGAGUCCCAGAGCCAAAAAUCCCAAAUCAACCCCUGUGGAUUUAUUAUGUCAUUUAACUGCAGCUGAAAAAAAAACAGUGAAAUGACAGAAAAUAAUCAGCAAUUAUUGUGAUUAGAGAUAAUUAUUUUCUUUUUUUUGCAAAAAUUCCAAAUUCUUUGGUUUUAUUUUCUCAAAUCUAAGGUUUUGCAUCUUUUAUUUGCCACAUAUGAAAGUAUAGUUUAUGAUAAUGAAAUUACAAUGGGCAUAUUUUCUGACAUUUAACAGAAAGAAUAGAGAAGUUGGAAGUUUUUUCAAACUGUAUCAUACGAUGGCCUGUUGCUGCCACGCCAGACAAACCAAGAAAACAGAACAUGAAUCAUUAACAUGUAAUAAUAUCUUAAAAAUGUAUUGUUAUGUUAUAUUUUAUCUCAUAACAAGAAACUUUUAUUGUUUUAUUAUUACAAUACACUGUUUGUCUUGUUAUAAAACAAUACAAGUGAUCACGACAUAAUGUAAAAAAAUAUUUUAUAACAAUAAAUUUUGUUUUUUCAGUUUUACGUUAUAACAAAAUAAAGAGCAUAUUGUUGCAGUGAUAAAUUAAAUGAUAUAAUAAAUAUAAUUUAGAAAAUAUAGCAUUAAAAGAUUUUGUUAAAAUGUGAAAAACAUUGUUAGAAUAUAUUGUUUAUAAUAUUAUGUGAUGCUGAUUCAUGUUUUUUUUUUUCUGGCAUGGCAGCAAUAGGCCACCGUAUGACACAGUUUGAAAUAACUUACAAACUACAACAUUAACUAUUGUAAUUUUUAAACGAUCUGUAGAUUUUCUUGACUAACGGAUUAACGAUGUAUUCCUAUAAAAUUAUAGAAAAUUUGCCCAUUAUAAUUUCAGUAUCAUAUACUACAAUAAUACACUUGGCAGUAAAAUGCCUCCGUAGCAUGGUAGCUAGAAAUGAAAUAUCUAAUUUCAUUUCAUUUGUAUGAAAUGUAUUUUUCUACAAUUUUACUUUUUCCAAAUAUUUUUCUAGUGUUGUGAAAAAUUUAAAAAAAAGAGGGAGGUGAUACAUCACUUUUAAGUUGUGAAAUCAAUUAUAUUUCUUUCUUGUUUAGCAAAGUGUUUUUUUUAUGCAGAUGGAGCAAAGAAUCUCUGAGGAUUAUAGAAAACCUUCAAAAACAGCUGCAGGUGUUGUUAAAUAACUUUGUGGAUUUCUGAAAGGCAAAAGGACGCUAACGUUUGUGACUCAGAUGUAACGAUGACACAUGCAAGGCUACAGUCCAUCACUGUGUGUGACGGUUCUCUGACUUUAAGUGAACAUUUUUACCACCAAAGAAGAACAACUUUUUCCUACAGAAACAACCACGUCUAAGAUGUCUGGGCUCAGUUACUUAAAAGCAAUUGUGUUGUUUAAUUUCUUAAUAUUGAUGAAUGUAUGCUUCUUUCCCUUCUUAAAGUUCUUGAGGUAUUUAUGAAGCUGCACUUCUCUGUACACACUCAUAAAGUCUAUUAACAUGUUUUAUAUUAAAACAGAUAGCUGUUUGUAACUGUUUCAGAUGUAGAAUUAAAGAUUUCCUAUAACUACACUGUAAAUAUACUGCUGUAACCACUGUAAGUGAUUAUGACACAGGCAAAAUUUGUAAAGAUAAUUUGAUAAAAUAACACAGAAAAACAUAUUUAUUUAUCUUGUAAUUGUAUUUUACAGAUGAGAUUUUAUUAUGACUGUGUCCCCUCUGAGGCAAGAAUCAGAUCUGAUCAAAUGGCUCAUAUUAAGGGGUCAAAACAACAUAAAUAUCUGGAUUAUAUCUGUGUAAAUCAUACCUAAAAACAAAAAGUAUAAUAGAGUGUACAUUUCAGCUUUCAUAAUAAACACUA